CGUUUUAUCUACGAAUCUCGAUACACGAUCAAGUUGCUCACUCAGCGAUCAGAUCUGACGAAUCAGCUGUGGAACUUCUUGCUCAUCGUUCUCUCCGCUGCAUCCUGCAUUGCCAGUGGGCACUCAGCACAUAUUCCAUUCCCAAUCAUCCCCUUGGCCGGACAGAUACUCGGAACGACCGCGAUAAGCGAGUUAGAACUUUAACAGUCGAUUUACGAGCAUCUUUGUGUCAAUAUUCAAGCGUAGUAGUGAAGAUCGCUUGCUUGCUUCAUACCCGCCCUUUUUGCCAUGCAAGCCUUCGUUGGGACUUUAGUCGAUACGCCCGAGUUGGGUCAAGUGAGAAUUCGAAGGGAUCACGUACUUGUGGUCAAUGAACAAGGCUACAUCACUUCCAUCUUUCCUUCAUCCACCGAUGACGACGCAGCGACUAAAGCGUUGGCUUCUAUCCCGGAAGAUAGGAUCACCCGGUUAAACGGAGCUGGUGAAAGCUUCCUCUUACCUACCUUUGUGGAUUUACAUCAACAUGCGCCUCAGUACUUGUUCUGUGGAACCGGAUUGGAUUUGCCCUUAUUGGAAUGGUUGGAUCGAUACGCCUACCGAGCCGAGGAGAGUAUCGAUGCGGAUCCCGCUCUAGCGAAGCAAGUUUACACACGACUCGCUCAGCGAUACAAAGAAGUAGGAACGGGAUGUACGGUUCUAUUUGGGACCAUCAAAGUGGAAAGCAAUAUGAUUCUUGCAAAGGCUUUUCAGGAGGCUGGUGUGAGAGCGUUCGUCGGGAAGUUGUCGAUGGAUCAGUCUCCACGGCCGACCUACAAUGAAGCAUCUACGGCUGCAUCGCUCGAAUCCGUCACGUCCUUCCUCGAUCAGUUUGAUGCCUUUGUGUCGCCAUUGCCCUCUCACCAUCGUUUGGUGCAGCCCAUCAUUACGCCACGGUUCGUUCCAACUUGUUCGGAUGCCCUGCUCUGUGGCUUGGCAAAGAUUGCGGAUGAGCGCAAUGUCAGAGUUCAGAGCCAUCUCUGUGAAGGAAGAGAUCAGAUGGAUUGGGUAGAGAGGACGAGGGGGAAGAAAGAUGAAGAAGUGUUUGAUGAGGCCGGCUUAUUACGCCCUGGGAGUAUUCAAGCUCACGUCACGUACCUCUCGCCAAGUCUCAUGGAGCUUUGCAAAGCUCGCGGCGUGACUGUGGCACAUUGCCCAUUGUCCAAUGUGUAUUUUUCUGAAGCUCAGUUCCCAUUGAGAGAAGCACUCGACGCUCAAGUGUCCGUCGGACUUGGCUCAGACGUGGCAGGGGGAUACAGUCUGAGUAUUGAGACGAACAUGCGAUCUGCAGUCUACACCUCUCGAAUGAGAGAAGGAGCCAGACAGGAAGAACAUCAUCAGCGUCGAGCGAUAGAGAGCACAGCAAAUACUACAGAGAAGAGCACUGUCAGCCUCUCGAGGACGGCUGGAAAAGGGUUGAGCGUGAGUUGGGUGGAGAGUUUGUACAUCGGUACGAGGGGUGGGAAGAAAGCACUAGGGAUGGGAGGUGCAUUUGAAGAGGGUAUGGAGUUUGACGCGCAAUUGAUCACACUUCGAGACGAAACCAGUCCCCUAGGUGUCGAUCAGCUCGACUUUUUCCUACCGCCCUCUGAAGGAAGUGAAGAUGCCUGGUGGCUUGAAGCGGUUGAGAGAUGGUGGUGUAAUGGUACGCGGGUCAAUAGGCGAGGAAUGUGGAUCCAGGGUGACAAAGUGUUGUAGAGUGUGUCUGUGUGUCUUUCGGAGCUCCGCAAUGUUUGGUGUUAGUGGAACGAGUAGAGCAGCAAGUGGACAUAGCAAAUGAAUCAGGAUCAUCUGUAUAGAGCAUACGACCUAUGUAUGCAUGCAUAUUCACUGACCACAUGGG